AUGAUCGAGUAUGCAACGCAAAUGGGAGUAAUGUCGGGUCUGGAUAUAUGGUACGCGGUCACGCGAAGAACCGAUGUUAUUUUGAUGGUCGGCCGGCUAUUCCAGAACGGUCGCGUUAGCGCUCUCCACCAAAGUACUUGGAGGAUAAGACCAGGUCUCGAUCAGGGCUCCGAUAAACGCUCCAAAAUGAUGAAGCUAGUAAAUCUAGUACACUGA